AUGGGCAACAGUGCCACACUCACUCCACAAUCCCAACUUUCAUUAGACAUGCAAAAACGAAUGUUGCAGGUCAAAUCAGCGCGACAAUCGUUAAAACUCUCGAAAACGUCAAAGUCGCUAUGUACCCAACAACUUUCUCAAAAUGUUAUUCCAAAAAAUGUUAUUGGCAGAAGUGACGGACCUUCACUCCUCGUGCAUCACAAGAGAACAUCUCAACGAGAAAGAGACUCCAUUUAUCUUCAACAAAAGACCUUACGUUAUGUUUCGAACAAACAGCGCAUGAGUAUAGCCAAAUCCAUAACUUUGAAGGACAACAAUUUAUAUGCAUUUUUGUUAUCCAAAAAAGCUUCAAAGCACUUUGAGGUAUUGUAUGACACGAGAAUUUCUGGUUUUGACUCUCGUGACUUACGCUCACUCAUUUCAUACAAGCAGAAGCUAGCGUUCAUAGUCGAGACUCAAGACAACAUCUUUGGGUUCUAUCAUGAAGACUUUGUGAAUUGCACUGGUAAUGAGACCACAACAAACUGGUCGAAUCGGAUGUUCUUAUUCUCGAUGAAAAAAUCUAACCCUAUUCCAGUCAUAUUCAUGAAGAACACACAACAAAAGGAUAGCUUUACAUUGUACCCCGAUAGGGACGAGAGACUCUUGUCUUGCUUCUCUGCAUUUUGGGUGUUCAAAGACGGCAAUGUGAUCAUCAACCCAGACGUAAAAGACGCUUAUGAUAUGAGAAAAAUACUCACCCCGUUCUCUUGUGUCGACGGAAACAGAAAGGUUGAGUGCGUUAGGUUUGUUGUUGUGAAAACAGAGUAA